AAAAUGUAGGCUUGCUGGAAAAUUUUCUCUUCAGCAUUGCACAGAAGACUCAGGCAGGAGUUAGAUAUACAGAAGACAGCCGACCAAGAAAAGGCAGUCAUGGCGAAGAGAGUGGCCAUCAUCGGAGCUGGUGUCAGCGGUUUGGCCUCCAUCAGGUGUUGCCUGGAAGAGGGGCUGGAGCCCACCUGUUUUGAGAGGAGCGAUGACAUCGGUGGUCUCUGGAAAUUCACAAACCACGCAGAGGAGGGCAGGGCUAGUAUUUACAAAUCAGUCUUUACCAACUCUUCCAAAGAGAUGAUGUGUUUUCCUGAUGUCCCAUUUCCUGAUGACUUCCCCAACUUUAUAUGCCACAGCAAGCUUCAAGACUACAUUGUCGCAUUUGCCAGACAGAAGGAGCUUCUGAAAUACAUACAAUUUGAGACACUCGUAACCAGCGUAACUAAACGUCCUGAUUUCUCGGUUACUGGCCAAUGGGAGGUUAUCACAGAAAAAGGUGGUAAAAAAGAGUCGGCUGUCUUUGACGCUGUUAUGGUUUGUUCUGGACAUCAUGUGUACCCCAACAUACCAAAAGAGUCCUUCCCAGGACUAAGUGAUUUUAAAGGCAAAUGCUUCCACAGCAGGGACUAUAAGGAGCCAGGAAUAUGGAAGGGGAAGCGUGUCCUGGUGAUUGGUUUGGGAAACUCAGGCUGUGACAUUGCUGCAGAACUCAGCCACACAGCAGAGCAGGUCAUGAUCAGCUCCAGAAGUGGAUCUUGGGUGAUGAGCCGGGUCUGGGAUAAUGGCUAUCCUUGGGAUAUGGUGUUCGUCACUCGAUUUCAAAACUUCUUAAAGAACAACUUACCAGCAGCAGUCUCUGACUGGUGGUAUGUGAAGCAGAUGAAUGCAAGGUUCAAGCACGAGAACUAUGGACUGAUGCCUUUAAAUGGAACCCUGAGGAAAGAGCCUGUCUUCAAUGAUGAGCUCCCAGCUCGCAUCCUGUGUGGCACUGUGACCAUCAAGCCUAACGUGAAGAAGUUCACAGAGACAGCCGCCGUUUUUGAGGAUGGGACCACAUUUGAGGCCAUUGACUGUGUCAUCUUUGCAACAGGAUACGGCUAUGCCUACCCCUUUCUUGAUGAAUCUAUCGUCAAAAGCAGAAACAAUGAGGUCACCUUGUUUAAAGGCAUCUUCCCUCCUCAACUAGAGAAGCCAACCUUUGCUGUGAUUGGCCUUAUUCAGUCUCUUGGGGCUGCCAUACCCACAACUGACCUUCAGGCCCGCUGGGCAGCACAAGUAAUAAGAGGAGUUUGUGUUUUGCCUGCUGUAGAAGACAUGAUGGUUGAUAUUGAUGGGAAAAUGGGGAAAAAUCGCAAAUGGUUUGGCCAAGGUGACACCAUACAGACUGAUUACAUCAUUUAUAUGGAUGAACUGGCCUCCUUCAUUGGUGCAAAGCCCAACAUCUUGUGGCUGUUUCUCACAGAUCCCGUGUUGGCUGUGGAAGUUUUCUUUGGCCCUUGCAGCCCUUACCAGUUUAGGCUAGUGGGGCCAGGGAAGUGGUCAGGAGCCAGAAAUGCCAUCCUGACCCAGUGGGACCGGACAUUGAGACCAACACGCACCCGAAUUGUUGGGGACCCUUAUAAACCUUACCCAUUCUUCCAUCUAUUCAAGCUCCUUACUAUUUCUAUUCUGUUCAUUGCUGUUUUCCUUAUAUUGAUCUAAUCAUCAUUCCAUAUUUUGUAUAAACUCUUAUUAUCAAUGUCCUAAUAAUUAUCCUUGAGUAUAAAAUUCAUAAUUUUCAUUAUUAAUUUUUUCAUGUUAUGCUCAUAAAAAUAAUUAUAUAUAUUUA